AUGGUUUUCUAUUCUAUAUUAAGAGUUAAAUUUCUACGGAAAUUAAUUUACAAUAGAUCUUAUUCAUAUUCUUCUUUUCCCGAUGUUGAUAUUGAUUAUUACUGCAAUUCCAACAAUUUUCAUGAGAUUAAACAAAACAUAAAACAAAGAAAGGGCAUAGGGGAUAUUGAGCGCGUAUUAAACGUUUAUAAGUUAAUGAAAUCUACCCCUGUUACAGACGGCUCUUAUUCUUCCCUAAAACAUAAUCUCUACAAAGAACUCAGUAUUCUUCCUAAUAAAACACAUCCUGUAGUACAGCAAUAUGAGGAAAAUCCUAGUGUAGUCCAUGAACUUAAUGAAAAAAAAAGUUUUACAGAUUAUGAACCUUUGGAAUUCAGUGAAAUAACAAGAAGACUAAAUUUAAUGAGAACAGAUAAAUUAGGUUAUACAUGUGGGCAUAAAAGUUAUUAUUUCUUGGGAGGGUUAGCAGAGUUAGAAGAAUCGUUGAUCAAGUACACCAUUUCUUCUCUUUUGAACAAAAAAUUCAAAUUAGUAUCAGUGCCUGAUAUUUUACCAAGUAAAAUUCUUGAGAGUUGUGGUAUUACAAUAAACAAUAAUCGAACACAGAUAUAUUCGUUGGAUCCACAUCACCAUGGCCCAGAUCUCUAUCUAUCUGGCACAGCUGAAAUGUCAUUGGCAGGUUUAUUAAUGAAUACUAUUCACAAAAAGGACAGUUUGCCUCUAAAACUAGCAGCUGUGAGCAGAUGUUACCGUGCUGAAACAUCUAAUGUAAUUGAAGAAAGAGGUAUUUAUAGAGUACAUCAAUUCACAAAAGUUGAGAUGUUUGCUGUAACUACCCCUGAAAAUUCAGAAAGCAUGCUAGAAUACAUCAGGCAAACACAAGAAGAAUUAUUUGCAGCCUUAGGGUUUCAUAUGAGAGUUUUGGACAUGCCACCUCAUGAGUUAGGAGCACCAGCAUAUCGAAAAUAUGAUAUUGAAGCAUGGCUGCCAGGACGUAAUAUGUAUGGAGAGAUUUCUAGCUGCAGUAAUUGUACUGAUUAUCAGUCUAGAAGACUGAAUAUAAAGUUUAAGGAUGGUAAUCACCAUGGAUAUGUACACACUCUAAAUGGUACCGCAUGUGCAAUUCCAAGAAUGCUAAUAGCACUUGUUGAAAAUAAUCAAGACCCCAAAGGAAAAAUUUCAAUUCCCAAGACACUGCAAUCCUUUACUGGUGGCAAACAGUAUAUUGUUAGAAAUAGUAUUCCAGAUUUGAAGUUAGCAAAAAUAAAAAAAUAA